GGGAAGGGCCAUGGCGCUGAAAGCCAGAGCCCUUUACAACUUCCAGAGUGAAAACAAGGAGGAGAUCAGCAUCCAGGAGAACGAGGAGCUCGUGAUCUUCAGCGAGAACUCCCUGGACGGCUGGUUGCAGGGCAAGAACAGCCGCGGAGAGACCGGCCUCUUCCCUGCCUCCUAUGUCGAAAUCCUGCGCUCCAGGGCCAGCUCCGGCUACACGGACUAUUCGGGCAGCCCCGCCGGCUCCCCUGGGCACGACUCGUCCUUCCGCGCGGCCAACGACAGCAUGAGCUCCUCCAAGAGGGGCAGUGUGGUGGGGAGGAACCUCAACCGCUUCUCCUGCUUCGUGCGGUCCGGCGUCGAGGCCUUCAUCCUGGGCGACGUGCCCCUCAUGUCCAAGAUCGCAGAGCUCUACUACAUCGAGAUGGGCUCCAAAGGCCCCCAGUGGAGGGCCAACCCGCACCCCUUCAUCUGCUCUGUGGAGGACCCCACCAAGCAGACCAAGUUCAAGGGCAUCAAGAGCUACAUCUCCUACAAGCUGACCCCCAGCAACAUCAACUCGCCCGUCUACCGGCGCUACAAGCACUUUGACUGGCUCUACAACCGCCUCCUGCACAAGUUCACGGUGAUCUCGGUGCCCCACCUGCCCGAGAAGCAGGCCACCGGGCGCUUUGAGGAGGACUUCAUCGAGAAGCGCAAGCGGCGGCUCAUCCUGUGGAUGGAGCACAUGACGAGCCACCCCGUCCUCUCGCAGUACGAGGGCUUCCAGCACUUCCUCUGCUGCCGCGAUGAGAAGCAGUGGAAGCUGGGCAAACGGCGGGCCGAGAAGGAUGAGAUGGUGGGCGCCAGCUUCCUGCUCACCCUCCAGAUCCCCACGGAGCACCAGGACCUGCAGGACGUGGAGGACCGCGUGGACGCCUUCAAGGCGUUCAGCAAGAAGAUGGAUGACAGCGUCCUGCAGCUGACCAACGUGGCCUCGGAGCUGGUGCGCAAGCACGUCGGGGGCUUCCGCAAGGAGUUCCAGAAGUUGGGCAAUGCCUUCCAAGCGAUCAGCCACUCCUUCCACUUGGACCCGCCGUACAGCUCGGACGCCCUCAACAACGCCAUCUCCCACACGGGCAAGACGUACGAGACCGUGGGGGAGAUGUUUGCCGAGCAGCCCAAGAACGACCUGUUCCUCAUGCUGGACACUCUGUCUUUGUACCAGGGGCUCCUCUCCAACUUCCCAGACAUCAUCCACCUCCAGAAAGGCGCCUUCGCCAAGGUGAAGGAGAGCCAGCGGAUGAGCGACGAGGGCCGCAUGGACCAGGACGAGGCAGACGGCAUCCGCAAGCGCUGCCGCGUCGUGGGCUUCGCCCUGCAGGCCGAGAUGAACCACUUCCACGAGCGGCGCGUCACCGACUUCAAGAGGAUGAUGCAGUCCUACCUGAAGCAGCAGAUCAUCUUCUACCAGCGCGUGAGCCAGCAGCUGGAGAAGACCUUGCGCAUGUACGACAACCUCUAACCGGGCCCGCCGCGCCCGCGCGCUGCCCCUCGGCCAUCGCGCACUUUCCUACCCGGAGCCUUGCACGCCACCUCUGUGAUGGACUGAGAACGAACGGCAACUCGUGACGCUAGUGACCAAAUAACCUUUGGGCUUC